ACGAACGGGGUUAUGUAAGGAAGGAUCGAUACAGCGGAACAUGCGCGCACCCUCCGAGCAACCCUCGCAUAAUCGCUCGCGCGGGCCGCCGUUACGGACGUGCCGUGUUUUAUUUUUACCGCGUUUUGUUUCCCUUUCGUUCGUUUCCGUUUAUGAUUUAAGCCACCAUGUCGAAGGGCGACGGUGAACAACAGAACGGCUCCGGCGAGGAGUCCAAGACCAACCUCAUCAUCAACUAUCUGCCGCAGAGCAUGACCCAGGAGGAGAUCCGGAGCCUCUUCUCGAGCAUCGGCGAAGUGGAGUCCUGCAAGUUGAUACGGAACAAAGGAGCGGCCUUCCCGGACGCGCUCAACCAUGCGCUGCACGGCGGCGGCCAGAGCCUGGGCUACGCCUUCGUCAACUACCACCGCGCCGAGGACGCGGAGAAGGCCAUCUCCACGCUCAACGGGUUGCGGCUGCAGAACAAGACGAUCAAGGUAUCCUUCGCCCGCCCCAGCAGCGAGGCCAUCAAAGGCGCCAACCUGUACGUGUCCGGCCUGCCCAAGACGAUGACUCAGACUGAACUAGAGAGAUUGUUCAGUCCCUACGGCCGCAUCAUCACUUCGCGCAUUCUCUGCGAAAAUUCUGGCGGACGACCGUUCACCGGCGGAGAACAAGGCCUGUCUAAGGGGGUCGGUUUCAUCCGCUUCGACCAACGAGUGGAGGCGGAGCGCGCCAUACAAGAGUUGAACGGGACAGUGCCAAAGGGAGCGACGGAGCCCAUCACAGUGAAAUUCGCCAACAACCCGAGCAACAAUGGAAAGGCGUUGGCCCCGCUCGCAGCUUAUCUGCCGGCCGCCCUGCGCUUUCCGGCGCCUUUGGGAAGAUUCAGUUCAGGCAAGUCCCUCCUAGCUAUAAACAAAGGCCUCCAGCGCUACAGCCCGCUGGCCGGCGAGCUGCUGGGCGGCGUGCUGCCCGGCGCCGUGGGCUCGGAGUGGUGCAUCUUCGUGUACAACCUGGCGCCGGAGACGGAGGAGAACGUGCUGUGGCAGCUGUUCGGCCCGUUCGGCGCCGUGCAGAGCGUGAAGGUGAUCCGCGACCUGCAGACCAACAAGUGCAAAGGCUACGGGUUCAUCACCAUGACCAACUACGACGAGGCGGUGGUCGCCAUCCAGUCCCUCAACGGCUACACGCUCGGGAACAGAGUGCUGCAGGUCAGUUUCAAGACAAACAAGAUCAAGACGAUCUAAAUCGUCCCGGACUCGGCCUAGCUGGACGCUAGGACGGCACAGCAGGCACGCACCCAUACAUACACGUUAAUACGGCGGAGGACACCACCGGCCCGCCCCCAUGGAUCCGACCGGACUGCGUCUUCCCGACACGUCUUUGUACAUUCAUUGUAUAUUUAAUCGAUUUGCUCUUUGUACCUCUUUGUUCGGCGCUCGCCAUUUUCUCGCAAUUGGGUUAAGUGUUACGGAAAUCAAAAUGGCGGCCCGUUCCGCGCGCAUGUCCGGGUGAAAUGGCGACCGCCGACCGGGAGACCGAGCGCGCAAUAAUAUUUUAAGACGAAGAAGCAUCUAAUGCUGUAAUCGAUGACAACCAUACAUAUUAAAUAGUCAAUAACAUUGUGACGAUCGACUUCGCUUAUGAAAGGUUGUGGUUAUCGAGAAAUAGUUUUCGAUUAUUAAUAAAAUAAUUAGCAAUAAUAGCCUAAUGCUAUUGUCUCAUAGGCAAUCAUAUCUUAAUGAAGGCCGGCGCGGCUCAAGUCGAUAACGUUUGCCAAAUAGUAUAUAUGUCGCGGUCUCAGUCGCUCACAGUAUGAUACCUAGAUAAUAGAAGACCGGCCAAAGCCUCCGCCGCGAGGCUCGAUCCAUCUAAAAUAGAGUUAUUGUUAAAGAUUGGAAAAUAUAUAUUAUCUAUACUCAUAUUUUAAUCAUAUAUUAAUCUAAUUAAGAAUGAAAACUAAUCAAAAACUGUGAUAGGUUUUGAUAAAAUUUUAAAAAAUAAAUCUUGAAAAAUCUCGGGAUGCGAACUGAUUCGGCGUAGAGGGUGGCGUACGAUGAGCCGUUGUUUGAAUAUUACUAAUACUAUCUCUGGAAAGAAAAUGUUCAUAUUACGGACUUUUAUUAAAAGGCGUAAUACGUCGUAAUGGAAUUGCGAGGCCGCGUACGCCACCGAGGGCGUAGGUAGGUUAGUUUUUGAGAAACAUUUUGAGGUGACUAGAAAUCAGAUUACGCUUAGGGCGGAGUCGCGAGGCACGCGCAAUCAAAGGAAGAUGGGAAAAUCGAUUCAGCUGUGCUGGGUCGAGGAUGGGGGGGGGGGCGCCCGCGCGCGCCGCCCGCGCCAGAGCGAGACGGAAGACGGCUCGAGCCACACGGGUGAAAAGGAUGGUCCGUUCGCGGAACAAUGGUGCAUACUAGUCUAACGAUAUCGUUUCGUAAAUAAAUCGAUGUCUAAACAUAUUAUGAUCGGUACCUGCUAUAUUAAUAAUGUAUGGAUGCGACCCUGCGUCUAUUCGAAGUAGGCUUUAAUUGUCUUAGUUUAAAUGAAAAUUUGUAAAUAGAAAAAAAAAGUUGUUUAAAAAUAUAUAACAUAGAGCUCUCGCGUCAGAUACGCCACCAAACAGUAAUAACUUCAACCCGAAAAAACAUCGAACUUGAAUAGAUAUAUUAUCGUGCCGUCCUAACGACCCUACGAUUUUUGUAAAAAAAUAUAUACUUAAUAAUAUAUGUAAAAACAGUUUUGUAACAUUUCAGAUAUUAAUAAAUAGGUACGCAUUACUUACCAAAGAUGGAGAUUUAAAUUUACAAGUAUUUAUAUAUUUAUUAUAAAUGUAAAACGUGCAAUAACUGAUAGCCAGUAAUUUAAUAAAAAUAUAUUAAACAAAUGACUCGAAGAGGCGUUGGUAGACAUAAUGUCACGUGGGUUACUACGUGGCAGCCGUUUGUUUACUAUUUAUUGUAAACUUCGUUUAACCGAGCAAGCCACGAUUUCGAUUACUUUACCUAAUUACCAAAAAAUAUUUUUAAAAAAUCGCUUUAUUUGAUACAGCUUCAGGUAUGCUUAACAUUCCAUUUUAGUCAUAAUAUGUUUUAUUAAUUAUAUUAUUAGGUGUACUGUAUUAAUUUAGAUAAAUUGUGAGUUACCUUCUCGAAACCGUACGUCAUUCGGUCUUUAAAAAUGCAACUAUUGAAUUGUCAUUUAAAAGGCGUUUUAAAACAGAAUGACGUGUGGGAUCACUAAGUAAAUGUUUGAUUUAUUUAUUAUUAUGAUAUGGUACGUACUCGUAUGUAUGUACGUACGAACGGUUGAAAAACUGUAUGAGUGGUCGGAGUGUGAUGCACAAGUUUUGCAAACUAAUUUAUAAUAUUCUAUUGUAGUCGUCUCUUAGGUUUAAAAUAUAGUUGUUGUGUUUUGUGUUGUUUCGACUCAGCGUCUAUACUAGUCAUAUGUUCCGUAUAAACGGAAAUUAAUUGAUAUUUAAAAACUGAGUCGAAUUAAUGUUGAAGAAUAAUAAAAUAUAAUGAUAAUUUUCGACAAUCUUUGUUCUUAGAUUUACUCAUUCAUUUAGUGUAUGUGCAAUUAAUUGUAUUUUAUGUCUAUAUUUAUAGUAGGUGUGCAUUUAACUUAUUUAAUAUAAUUUAUAUUAUUAAAAUUCUUGAGAUAAAGGAAGGUGACCCAAAUUGAUUUAUUUAUUAGGGAAAAUAUAUCGGGCGAUUAAUCGACGUUAAAAACUUAAGUAUAUAAAAGUAAAUUAAUUUCAAAAACUAUUCGUGGGUACGUUUCUUUAUAAAAGAUUUUAAGUUACAUUUCAUUUCGAUUUCUUUAGUGUUAUUUUCGCAUUUUUGUGCAAAAAGUGUACAUUUGAAUCGAAACAAUAACACCAAAGUAUUGUAAUGAACUCAACGACUUGUUAGAUAAUAAAUAAUGUAAAUGUGAAAACGCAAGAUAUUUUGGAGUGAAAUGUAUGGAUUUUGGUAGAUGAUGAAAUAGUCACUUAGUGCUAAUAUUAGUAGAAUGUCUUGUGUUGCCCUCUUUUUCGGACAUAAUUAUUAAAAUAUAUUAAUGAUAAAUUAAUAAUAGUGCUCAAUAGCGUAGAGGGCGUGAGCCUGUUUCUAGAUUAAAGAAAAAAAAACUGGAAAAGCAAUAAUAAAAUAAUUGUGAAUUUUAAACCAUCGUGGACAGGUAGGUAUGCUACAAUAUAAUUAACUUAAUAUUUUUAUAUGUACUUUAAAUAUACUGUAAUUCAUAUCUUCAUAGAUGUAAUCGGGCGACUACAAAACGUUCUACUAAUAGUUGUGAUUGCGGCGUUCAUGACUAUCGACUACUUAUAUCGAAAUAUUGACGUAAUUUUAGAAAAAAUAAAAAGGCUGUUCAAAAGCAAUAAAAACACUUUUUGGAACUUUAAAAGGUUCUAUAAUUUUUUCAGAAAAGUACGUUCUGAAAUCGGUAGUCAUUAAUGCUUAUGAAUCGCAGCGUACUUGUCUACAAAACUAUUCGCAUAGUAUUGUAGAUAUCGAAAUAAGUAAGAACCCCGACAAGUGACAAGGGAUAAGCAGACCUAUUAUCAAUAGCAUAAAUGCUACUUUUUGAAUGGUGUUUUGAUGCAUUUUUUAAGAAAUGAAAAAAAAAAAUAAUAUUAAAAUAAACGUAAUUAUUGGCAAUUCAGAAACAAUACUCUAAUACGCAUAGGCUAAUUGACAUUGAGGCUGUGAAAUUAGCAAAAUAAAAAUAAAAUACACGUGACGAAUGAUCUUAAUUAAUAAAGUAUGGUAAUAAGUGGAAUCACAGAAUGGCGGAGUAUUUUUGUAAUAUCCAGUAGAAAUGCAAUGUGAGAGUUUGGCUUGUACUACGCCUUUCAUUGACUUCGAUAGAUCUCGCCUGUCAAGACACAGGGCCCGCUCCAGGAGCGUGCACCUUUGACAUUGGUUUACACUCAGAUGACAUUUCUACUUUCGUUCUGUGGGAGGAAUCAUGCAAUCACGCGUACAAACACAAGGUUAAUGGCCCAUAUUUAAUAAGUAAAUCAAUUGACUAAUCCGAUGAUAUUGCGUGAACCGUUGACUGUCCAAAUAAAAUAGUAAUGGGAAAAAAUAGCAUUUUCUAUGCAGUAAGCUUAAUCAUGGUGUAUAGGUGAUAAGGAAUGGCUUUAGUCUCGGGCAUAGGCACAAAAUACUAAAAACAAUGGCCGAGUCCUACGCUAUUCCAAUAGUUAAGACACAAAUUGAAGAAAUGAAAUCUUCCAUAGGAAAUAAUACGUAAGUUAAAUGUCCGCGGUUGAAAAUAUUUCAGUUGUCAGUUGUGUAUCGAUACUUAAUGCGCCAACUCUAGUCAAAUGCUCAAUAUUUAAAAAUGCAUUUAGUGUUGCGACGCAACUGCGCGGUCGAUAGGUUGAAAUAUUUUACGUCGCGCACAAUUCGAGACAUCGACUAAAUGUGUUACUAUUACUUCAUAAAUCAAAAUGCUAGUCAAAUUAUUGCAUUGCACAACACCUACUCUUUUACGUUGGGAUGGCUAUAUUAUUGUAAAACUAUUAAAACUAUUUAAUAUGUUUGCUCAUCAGGUACUUCCUCGUCUUUUGGAUCUGUUUCUCUAGUAGUUAGCUUAGCGUACGCCUCUUGAUAGUUUUAUAUAGUAUAGCCGAUUCCACGUCAGUUUUACCUCCCUAUCUCAUAUUCAUUACCAUUGUGAGAGCAUACGACAGUGUUACAAAACCGAGCCAAUUGCUAUCACUAAAAAUAUAAAUAGAUUCUAUAAAACAGUUCUAUAUACUAUAAGAUUUUCACCCUCUAUUCAAAUUACAUAGUAUUUUUUAAAAUUCUAAUCAAGUUGUCGUUGCCGUAUGUAAUCGCGCAAUCAUUAUAGACAGUGAAAAGAAAAAAACCAGAGCGGAAAGGAUUAAAAUUGUACUGUUGGUGAAUAAAUUAUAUUGGACGUAAUUUUCAAUUUUAGCUUUCGGCUGAACAAUAUAUUGCAAUAAAUAUGUAAAUAAACAGGCAACGGAGCAGCUUCGGGUAAAUUACCGAAUAGUUUCGAAUUUAAAAGAAUAUUAAUAAAAAGUAAUAUCAUGUAAUAUCAAUUUCACUGUCUAUUUAUUAGGUUAUUUUCGGUGUUGAUUCCUCUUUACUGCAUAACGGUUCGUUCCCAUUACGUAAGUUCAUAACUAUUGAACAACGAAACUACCGCACCCUAAAUAGCCGCAUGAAUUAUAACGUUAUUGCCAUCUACGUAAACAUAAUACUAAAUCUAUUUUCGUAAUAUUAUUUAGGCCUAAAUAAUUAUAGGCUUGAACCACAAAACAAUCACCAUUUGUCCUGCGUGUGUGACAUUAAGGCUAAGGUUACAUCUGGACAAAAAAUCGCGGCGUAAAACCGCUACAUUGAAAUCUUAAUAAAUUAGGUAAUUACUUGACUACCCAGAUUUCUCCUUAGUCUAAGCAUGCAACACUGAUGCGUUUGCCAUUUGUACAACUGAAACGGCAAAAACCUAAGUGUCUGUUACCGGCGACCCAAUUUUACAGAGAUUUUAUUGUCAGUUGGGUUUCUGGUGACACGAAUGUAAUCAUUCAGGUACAGGUGCGACGAUUUAUGAGCGCUUGUUAUAGGAGUUAGACGGGAUAUGCGCGAAAGUAAGUUUGUAUACAAAAUUACUUACUGCGUAUAUUCUUCCUUUUGCGAGAGCUUAUAAGCUGUCGCGCUACAUGUAGGUACCUUACUCGACAUAGAACGUUGCGUUUCUCCGCCAAUGUCACAACUAAGGACAAUCAUACGUUAUAUUACUUGUAUGAGAUAAUACGGGGUGGGAACAAACUUGUAGUGUAAUGCAGAGUAGCAUGUGAUACCUUACAUUAUUGUAGUUCAUUCAUACUCCCAUAAAUGGCCAGAAGGUUACAAAAUGGUGUUGAAAACCCCAACUUCCAAUUUGUAUAAGGCUAGCGAGUAAUUAGACAAAUGCAAAGUAAGAUAAAAUUAAGAAUCUCAAAGUAUUGUGUAAGUAUUUUACCAAACUUCAAAAUAAGUACUAAAAGCAAUCAUAUUUAUAAAAGGGAAAGAAAUAUCUGUCAGCUGAUUUCCUGUUACCGCUGACUACACUUUGAUACAAAGACGUAUUUUAUAAAACGUGCGUAAAUUAUUAAAAAAAUAAAAUAAAGAUCUUCCGGUAUAUAAAAUCGACGACGUUUAAUUUCGUCUAUGGUUAAUUAAAUAUUAAGAUGUAGGUGUCUGUGUUGAACGUACUAACAGAUUUAGUUGAUAUUGUACGCAAGAGUGAUCCGUACCGGCAAUUCUAGUUCAUAAAAUAAAUGCAAUUGUAUCCGUAAUUGUUCGUGCGGAUUAGUCUUGCGCUUUAUACCUAAGAGUUAGGUAUUUCUAUAUUCUUAUUGUGUCUGUUUAAACGAUUACCUCUACUUGAUUAUAGCUUUUGUGAAGACGUUUGAUUUGCACAAGAUACCGUAGUGAGAAUAAGAUCGAGGCUAAACCUGACUUUCGUAGCGGCUUGUAGAGCUCGUGUAUCCUACGCCUAAGGUCUGAUCGUACACUUACGUACAUCUAUCACCACAAUUAGAUAACCCGAUUUAUAAUAAAUAUUUAUGAUAAACAGAGUAAAACGCUGCAUAAAGAUUUGUAAUUUUUAUUGCCGACUUGAAAUAGUAUUGGAAAAGCCUGUCAAGUUUCAUGGGUUCUGCUUCUAAUAGUAACGUGACAGUAUCUACUGUACAUAAAUACUUCAGAACAUAACUAAAAAUUAAAUUAAAUAAAAUAACAUUCCAACCAGGGGUUAAGGUGACUGUUCUAUGACGUCGGUAAUAAAAACGCUAUGCUUUCGCAACGUAUAUAAAAUAUAAAUUAUGGAGGUGUAUUAGUAGAUCAAUUAUGAUAUCCUAAAACAAAAAAUACUCCUAAUGCAAAGCUUUAAACAACAUUGUUACCAUGAUACGCUACUAUGCUCGUCCGUCUAACAAAUUGUUAUAGUAAUUUGUGUAGUAGCGUAGACUUUGUGAUAGUUUAUUAGAUCACUGUUAGUCAAGGCAAAGGGUACACGGUUGAGAAAAAGCCGCUAUUACUACAGAAAGUUCUGAUGCUAUGCGAUAAGCAAAGCAAUUUAAGUAUCUUAACGAGUUGUCACUUUACACAAUAAAAAAUAUUAAUUCUUUUCCUACAAUCGAGUUAUAACUCUAUGUUCGUAAUUACAACGUAUUAUAAAUUAGGAACGUAUUUUUGGCUAGAUAUGCGGGUAGUGCGGCACCAGAGUACAAAACUGUAAUUUUGUGCGUGUAUAAAAUAUAUUUUUUAAGUUUAUAGUAAAUAUGAUAAUUAUUGUGAUCAACUCGUUAUGAAACUUGGAUUUUCCAAAGUAACUCAGUUUUAGUGUCGUCUUACAGACUUUAUAUAUGACCUUAUUAUGUUUCCUAAAAUAGAGUGCGCUAUACCAAAUGAAUGUGGUAGAAGAUUAUAAUUAUAUAGCGCUAUUUUAUUUUUGUGAGACCCACUAAGUAAAUAUAUAAGGUCCAUUAGACUAAAUGUUGUUCCCUAUAUUUUUAAGCCUGUGGUUUUCCAAAUUCGCACUUGGCCCUACCGGCUGAUAAUUAAAUUGAAAAUGCGUUUUGGAAAAUCGCAACACACCGUUCUUUCUUUAAAGUUCGGUAUAGACAUUUUUGAAAAUACUCAUUCCUAAAAAUAAGGCAUUAUUAACCAAAUAUUUACAUCUGUAGUGGUUACUUGGCUGUUUUAAGUAAUUUAUUCAUUAAUUAAUAUUUUCACGUAAUUUAUGUGUCUAUAAUUAUUAAUUUAUUGGAAUUAAUUAUAAUUGAAUAAAAAAAAUAAUGAAAAAAUUGUCACAUUCUCUUCACUUUAUACAAUAGUUUUUACAAUAUGAUAUUUAAUAUCCUCAAUGGUUGUAACUAUACAUUUCUUGUUCUAAAUAUAUAAAAAA